ACUCUCCUUAGUCCUUAGUCCUUCCUUCAAAUAUAAUAUAAUAUUAGUCAACUCCAUCCACCCCAUCCCCCACGAUCUCUUGUUAGUGCCGGCUUUUUCACCGUCUCAUUCUCUCUACUAUAAAGAUUCUUUCACGUUCCUUUCUCCUCUCACUCUCAUUCUCUUCUCUCCAAUUUCAUGGAUCUCUCCGCACUCUCAUCAUAUCCUGCUUUUGCAAACCGUCUAACACCUUCUCACUCUCAAUGGGGUCUCCAUUUCCUCCUUCCAUCCCACCACAGGCUCAACCAGAUGAAGAAAAGGUCAAGUGUGGUUUAUGCAUCACUAUCAGAGAGAGGGGAGUAUUAUUCUCAGAGGCCGCCAACUCCACUCUUGGACACCAUAAACUAUCCAAUUCACAUGAAAAAUCUCUCUACCAAGGAGCUGAAGCAACUUGCGGAUGAACUACGUUCUGAUGUUAUUUUCAGUGUUUCUAGAACUGGGGGUCAUUUGGGCUCAAGCCUUGGUGUGGUAGAACUCACUGUUGCCCUCCACUAUGUCUUCAAUGCCCCUCAGGACAAGAUAUUGUGGGACGUUGGUCACCAGUCUUACCCACAUAAGAUACUCACGGGUAGGAGGGACAAGAUGCAUACCAUGAGGCAGACAAAUGGGUUAUCUGGGUUCAUCAAACGUUCUGAGAGUGAAUUUGAUUGUUUUGGCACUGGUCACAGCUCAACCACUAUCUCAGCAGGACUUGGAAUGGCUGUUGGGAGAGAUUUGAUGGGAAGAAAGAAUAAUGUAGUUGCUGUUAUAGGUGAUGGUGCCAUGACAGCAGGGCAAGCUUAUGAAGCCAUGAAUAAUGCUGGAUAUCUUGAUUCUGACAUGAUUGUUAUUCUAAAUGACAACAAACAGGUCUCCUUACCAACUGCUACUCUUGAUGGACCCAUACCACCUGUAGGAGCCUUGAGUAGUGCUCUCAGUAGAUUGCAAUCAAAUAGGCCUCUUAGAGAAUUGAGAGAGGUUGCCAAGGGAGUUACUAAACGAAUUGGAGGUCCCAUGCAUGAAUUGGCUGCAAAAGUUGACGAGUAUGCUCGUGGCAUGAUCAGUGGUUCUGGAUCAUCACUUUUUGAAGAGCUUGGACUCUACUAUAUUGGUCCUGUUGAUGGUCAUAACAUAGAUGAUCUUGUUGCGAUUCUCGAUGAAGUUAAAAGUACUAAAUCAACCGGUCCUGUUUUGAUCCAUGUUAUCACUGAAAAAGGCCGCGGAUACCCAUAUGCAGAAAAAGCAGCAGACAAGUACCACGGGGUUACCAAGUUUGAUCCACCAACUGGGAAGCAAUUCAAAUCCAAGGCUCCCACUCAGUCUUACACGACAUACUUUGCAGAGGCUUUGAUUGCAGAAGCUGAAGCUGACAAAGACAUUGUUGCAAUCCAUGCUGCUAUGGGAGGUGGAACCGGCAUGAAUCUCUUCCAUCGCCGUUUCCCAACAAGAUGCUUUGAUGUAGGGAUAGCAGAACAACAUGCUGUAACAUUUGCUGCAGGUCUAGCUUGUGAAGGUCUUAAGCCUUUCUGUGCAAUUUACUCAUCAUUCAUGCAGAGGGCUUAUGACCAGGUGGUGCAUGAUGUAGAUUUGCAGAAACUGCCUGUAAGAUUUGCAAUGGACAGAGCUGGAUUAGUUGGGGCAGAUGGUCCUACACAUUGUGGUUCUUUUGAUGUCACAUUUAUGGCAUGCCUCCCUAACAUGGUGGUGAUGGCUCCUUCUGAUGAAGCAGAGCUUUUCCACAUGGUUGCCACUGCAGCAGCCAUUAAUGAUCGACCUAGUUGUUUCCGAUAUCCAAGAGGAAAUGGCAUUGGUGUUCAACUACCAACUGGAAAUAAAGGAACUCCUCUUGAGAUUGGAAAAGGUAGGAUAAUGAUUGAAGGGGAAAGAGUGGCUAUAUUGGGCUAUGGAUCAGCUGUCCAAAACUGUUUGGCUGCAGCUUCCUUAGUGGAACGUCAUGGCUUGCGCUUAACAGUUGCUGAUGCACGUUUCUGCAAGCCACUGGAUCGUUCCCUAAUUCGCAGCCUGGCAAAAUCACACGAGGUUUUGAUCACGGUGGAAGAAGGAUCAAUUGGAGGAUUUGGUUCCCAUGUUGCUCAGUUCAUGGCCCUUGAUGGCCUUCUAGAUGGCAAAUUGAAGUGGAGGCCAAUAGUCCUUCCGGAUCGUUAUAUUGACCAUGGAUCACCUGCUGACCAAUUGUCUUUAGCCGGGCUUACACCAUCUCACAUAGCAGCAACAGUGUUCAACAUUCUUGGACAGACAAGAGAGGCACUAGAGGUCAUGUCAUAAAAGAAAUAUGAAGGGCUUCAAUUUUCCAUCUUCACACAAUGUACAAAGUAUAACAUGAUUAACCUUGUGUAAUAUGAAUAAGUGAUGUAAUAUUGUGAAAUUUUUAAGUGUAUGAUGCAGGUUGUCAUGUGGUAAAGCAACUGGUUACAAAGGUGAAAGCCUUUGUGAUAUGAUCUAUAAACUGAAUUUGAAAUCUAUGCCAAGGAUGAAGAAAGCCUACUAGAUAUUUUGAUGAAA